AUGACCGCAUUGAAGUCUCCUCAGCCUAUAUCGAAAUCGCUCGUUUUUCCCAUUUUCGUGAACACUCACCCAUACUCUGCUUUCUCAGAAUUGGAGAAAAGACAACUUGGCGUGUGUCCUGCACCUCAGCUAACAAUGCCACCGAGAAAGGCUGCAGCGAAGGUGAAGCCACAUAUCUCUGAUAGUACUGAUGUCGAUCUCCAGAACUGUUUGUUGCGCAUCGACAAGGGCACCGAUGUUUAUGGGAUGCUAGUGAUUGAGCUGGAGAGUGGGCGCUCCCCCAAGGCAUGCGAGCUGAUUGCUCAAAAUAUUCCUGGGUCAAACACAACCGACAAGAGUCGCGGAAAGCAGGGUGUUUACAGAAACUGUCGUUUUUUGCGUCUGACUAAAGAAGGAAUUCAGACUGGCGAAGUUAUCCCAGCUGCAAAAUCUGUUCCUGCAGCCGAGCUGGAGGGCGAGCUAGGUCGUGUGCCACACUGCUACGGCGCAGUAUCGCUGUGUCGCAGUUCUGCCUCUUUUGAUGGGUCACAGUUUUUCAUCUGUCUCACCAGAGAUUCCGCGGAGCUCGAUCACUUAAACAAGAAAUACGUCUGCUUCGGACGCGUUGUCGAGGGACAGGAUAUCUUGGCAGCUUUGCAGAGUGAUUUAGCCGAGUAUUCUGGAGACAUGGGCCUGCUCAGCGAGGACUGUCCCUACAUGAUGAUGGAGCUUACCUACGCAUUGAUGUAA